AUGGAACAGUCGCCUUCCCUUGUUGCCCCGCAGGACCACUCGCCAGUUGAAGGUGCGGCGGCCGCGUCGCCACCGCCGCCGGCGCCGCCCCCGUCGCUGCCGCCCCCGCCCUCGCGCUCGCCCUCGCGUUCGCCCUCGCCCUCGCCCUCGCCCGCGCCCCCGCCAGCGCCUUCGCCCUCGCCCUCGCCCGCGCCCGCGCCCGCGCAGGAGCCCAAGUGCGCCGGCGGCGCCCGCGCGCAAGCGUCCAAGUGCGCCUCUGCUCUGGCCGCGCGCUUCAAGAGCAUUCUGAGUACAUUGGGGAGGAAGAUAAAGAAGAUGAGCGGCGGCGGCGAGCAACAAGGCGACCGCUCCAAGAGCCCUGCGAGGGGCAUGCCGCUGGCGGAGAAGCUCAAAGUCCCCCUGCGCGACCCCGUGCGCCCCACGAAGCCGCUGCCCAGCCCUGCGUACAGGAGCCCCAAGGCCGACCACGAGGAACACCGC